AUGAAACAAACUGAAAACCAAACAUUGAAGGUUGACUAUAAACCUUUGCACUACUCAAUAGAAAUAUCCAAUCUUUCUUUGAAAUCUUUUAGGGGAUCUGUGGAUAUUUCACUGAAGAAAGUUAGGGAAAGCAAUGUGGUUUCUUUACACUCGAAGGACCUUACGAUUUCCAGAGUUGUUGCAAUUGUCAAGGGCAAUUCCCAGGUUCAGUUGAAAGGGAAGUCUUACGAUGCUGUUACGGAAAUUCUAAUAUUAGAAUUUGAAUCACUCUUGCCUGAUUGUACCUUACAUAUUGAAUAUGAGGGACUUGUUCAAAAUAAUAUGUCAGGGUUUUAUUAUUCUUCGUAUAAGGAUCCUAUUACUUCUGAGGUAAAAUACAUGUAUUCCACUCAGUUUGAGGCUACUAGUGCCAGAUGGGCAUUCCCAUGCUUCGAUGAACCUGAAUUAAAGGCCAUUUUUGAUGUUUCAGUUGUGGCGCAACAGAAUCUGGCUGUUUUGUCCAACAUGCCUGAAAAAUCUGCUGAACGGAUAGGAGAUGAUGAAAUAGUUCACCGCUUCCAUACCACUCCUCGGAUGUCUACCUAUUUAGUAGCUUGGGCAGUUGGUGAAUUUGACUAUAUUGAGUCGGAAUCUGCCAAGGCUUUCUAUCCAACGUUAGAUAAUUAUUCUACUGUUGAUGGUUCCUCUUCUACUUAUGGAAAGCUUCCAAUAAGGUUGUAUACUGCAAAGGGUAAGGCUCAUAUGGGAAAGUUUGCAAUUGAUGUUGCUGCAAAAGUUGUUGAUUACUUUUCUGAGUUGUUUGAGAUCCCAUAUCCACUACCAAAAUUGGAUUUACUUUGUGUGGAGCAGUAUUCCCAUAAUGCAAUGGAGAACUUUUCUUUAAUUACCUUUAGACCAUCUGCACUAUUGUUAGAUGAUAAAGGUUCCAUUGGACACUGUACUGCGAUGCAAAAGAUUGCAUAUGUCGUUUCUCAUGAAAUUGCGCACCAAUGGUUCGGUAACUUGGUAACGAUGAAAUGGUGGGACGAGCUAUGGUUGAAUGAGGGUUUUGCGACAUGGAUUGGAUAUCAUUCAGUUACAAAAUUUUUCCCGGAAUGGGAUGUACCCUCCAUGGUCAUGGCUGACUCUCAUGAAGUCGCAUUAGAAUUAGAUUCACUCAAAGAAUCACACCCUGUUAAGGUAUCUGUCCGUGAUGCAAAAGAUAUUGAUCAAGUUUUUGAUACCAUUUCUUAUUUAAAAGGGUGUUCUGUUCUUGAAAUGUUGAGUGGUUAUCUGGGUCAAGAGCAGCUAUUAAAUGGCGUGGCCUUAUACAUGAAGAGAAACAAGUUCUCCAAUGCGUCAAUGGAAGAUCUUUUUUCUGCAAUUGGAGAAGCUUCAGGGAAAGACAUUAUGAAUAGAAUGAAAAAUUGGAUCUUGGAAACCGGAUAUCCGGUGCUGAAUAUCAGUUUCAGAAAUGGAAAGUUUGUUCUAAGGCAAGAAAGAUAUUUAUCGAUCGGGAAGGCACCCUCAGAUGAGGAUGCUUGUACUUGGUGGAUUCCCUUAGCCCUAACCGUUGGGAAUAAAGGUAGCCCUUUGGAACUCAAUUCUAAGGAUAUGGAACUUGAAUUGAAUUGUGACGAGUUGGUAUUUUUCAAUACGAACGCAUAUGGUUUUUAUCGUGUUAAUUAUCAAGAUGAAAAAGUGUUGCAAAACAUAUGUGAGAAUUUGUCAGCUCUAUCUUCUAGAAGCAAGAUAGCUUUGGUUUCAGAUAUCAAUGCAACGGGAUCUUUUGAUCAAUUGGAUAAAGUGCUAUCCCACCUUAUCGGCAACCUGGACUCGAGUGAUUAUUAUGUCUGUAAGCUGGUCCUCUCUACUUUACAGAAUUUAAGAUCUCUAAUCUACCAAGAAGCGACUGAUGAUGUAAAUGAAAGGCUCACACAGUAUACUCUUGGACUAAUUGAAACCCAUAUAAAGCCUGCAUUAGAAUCAUUAUUCGGCGAUCAAGAUAAAAAUGACAGCGACCCUAAAGCUUUCUUAAGAAUACAAUUUUACCAGCUUAUAUUGAUGACCGCAGGCGAACUAGGCCAUCCCACUGUUGUUAAAAUUUCUACCGAACACUUUAACGAAGGUAAAGUCACACCUGUUACCAGGAGCUUGAUAUUAGGAACCAUUCUGUCACAGCCAAAUACAUCAGUUGAAUUGUAUCAAAAAAUUGUUCAAGAGUUACAAACUGCCACGUUGUCUCAUAAAGAAGCUAUACUAACAGCCUUGGGCAAAAUCAGAAACCAUGAUAUCCUCGACCAGGCUUUGGAAUUGAUUUAUCUCACGGUGGAUCCAAUGGAUGUUCAGUACGGAACAUUAUCAUUGGGAAAGAACCCAUACAUUCAUUUAAAAUUAUGGAUCUACUUCUCUACAAAUUAUGACAUGAUUCAUGAAAGACUAUCUAUGAAUACAGUUCUAUUGGACAAAAAUAUUAGAUUCUCAUUUACCGACUUGGUUGGUCCAGAAUUCGCGGAAUCCUUUAGUUCGUUUUUCAAGCACAAGAACCAAGAUGGUUUUGACAGGGGUGUCAGACAGACGUUGGAAAGAAUCCAUAGGAAUACACGAUUUGUUGAAUUAAACCUUCCAAUAAUCCAUAAGAUAUUCAGUUUAUGA